ACUCUGACCUCAAACUCGGAGGAUGAGAGUCGGACGAGCGCGUGACCGGCAAUCGUGACCCGUCGAUCCCAUCGGGUACAGUUGCAUAGUUUUAGUGGUGCUCCGUUGGUUGGUUGGUUUGUUCUUGUUGUUGUUGAGUGCAGCUUCCAGUUGUUGUGCCGUUACCGCGGAUGCCCCCGAUGCGGUGAGAGGGACGUCCCGACUGAUGCUGAGACCGCGACAACCACCAGCGGCGCAGUCCCGAGCACGGAAAUGAUGACUCUGAUGUCGGAGGUCGGGACUUACCUGCAGCAGUACGACAGCCUCGGCCAGCGUGGCUCUGCUUGCGCUUACCCCAGCCACCACCUGCCCCAGGAUGUCUCGGUGUACCAGGGGGACAACAUCCCCCGGCAACACGACCAACACCACCUACCUCAGCAGCACGUGGUCCGACCGCGCCACUACCAGCAGCCGUACUACCCUCACCAGGAGUCACCCCGGGAAGCGCCCCGUCCAAUAGGCCAUCACGAUCGGGAAGGACAGCACCACCGAGCCCCGGAGCUCGACUACCUUGGCUCGCCGGGCAGGGGUAACGCGCCCGAGGCCGCGGCCCACUAUCGGACCGAUCACUUUGGGGCGCGUCAGCCGCAUUACCAGACUGACACGGACGAGGAGGAUGGAGAGGAGGACGACGACGGCGACUCGGUGGUCUCGGCGGCAACGACGACGAGCAGCGGCCUCGAGUCCCCGUGCACCGGAGCUGCGGAGGAGCGCCACGUGCCCCACCCGGCCCUCCAUGCCCCGGACAGCGGCUCCACGGCCGAGUGCGGCCAGAGGCCCUGUCUCCUCUGGGCGUGCAAGGCUUGCAAGAAAAAGACCGUCACCGUCGACCGGAGGAAAGCCGCCACCCUCAGGGAGAGACGCCGGCUGCGCAAGGUGAACGAGGCGUUCGAGGUGCUGAAGAGGCGGACGAGCGACAACCCGAACCAGCGGCUUCCGAAGGUCGAGAUCCUGCGCAACGCGAUCGAUUACAUCGAGAGUCUCGAGGCACUGUUGCAGGACAACUGCGAGCCUGGCGCCUCCGCCUCGACUGGCUCGUCCCAAAAACGGAUCGCCCUCCACGGCAUGAGUGCCGGUUCCCCGCAGUACGUGACGGAAAGGCUACGGCAAUUCUCUGACCCACUGGCGAGGUUUCAACCUAUCGGUGGAUACGAUCAGAGCGUGGAGUCGCCGGCCGAUCAGAACUCGAGUAGCAGUUUGGACUGUCUCAAUUUGAUAGUUCAGAGCAUCAGCGAGACAACGGCCGCGACGACGACGCCGGUGAACAGAAAUCACUAUUCCGUCCAACAUUGAAGGCUAUUUUCCUAUUUUUGUACCAAAAAACGUUAACACGUUGCCAUAUUGUAAUAAUAAUAAUAUACGAUUGACACCAAAAAAGAACGAGAUUCUAAAAUAAUAAUGAUAAUAAAAAAUAAGACUAUAAUUUUGCACGGGAGACACGACUGAUGCGUCGAUUACUGGGGCAAAAAGUGUGCAUAUGUUGCAAAUUUUUUUAUACCAAAAAAUUGUUUUCUCGAGUGUACAAGUUUCGUACCUAAAAAUUUUUUUUAAUAACACAUUUGCUUGUCUUUAAGUACAAAGCAGUAGUGCCUAAAAAAAUUUCGUGACGAGUAUCGAGCGAAUCAUUAGCUGUAUGUACAAGUAUCUAUACAGAUGUGUUAUAUACUAUCGUAUUUUCUAAAUACUGUAAAUGUAUGUUUGAAUAGGUGAUUUUCAAAUUAAUGUUAGACAAACUGAAUCAAGAGUUAGUUUUGAAAAUGAAAAAAAAAAAAAAAAAGUAUAAUGUGCCUUACGAGCGUGU